UCACAUUGAAAAUGAGUGUCAAAUUUUUGCUGUCAAAUUCCAUUCGGCAAUUGUGUGGAAUUAUUCCGUUCCAUUGUGUUCGUUGCGCCAUUGCCGGCCGCUUAUUAAAUCCAGCAAUUAAUCCAUUGCCAACUACAAUCAAUUCCAGAACAUUUGUAACAACACAGCCAGUAAAAAUGGCCGAAGCAACUGGUUUGAGCAACGAGGAGGCGGCGGAAUUAUGCAAGCCCGCAGAUGCUGCUACUAAGGACUUCCUCUUCCAACAAACAAUGUAUCGCAUCAAAGAUCCUCGAAAAUCGCUACCUUUCUACACCGGUGUGCUGGGUAUGUCAUUACUGGUGAAGUUGGAUUUUCCUGAAGCCAAAUUUUCGCUUUAUUUUAUGGGCAUGGCUAAUUUAGUUGCUUUAAUUUGUAUUGAGCAUUCUCUUACGUUUAUUUCCAGUUUUGAGGAACAUGGCGUGGAAUUCGUUAAAAAGCCCGACGAUGGACGUAUGAAGGGCUUGGCUUUCAUCAAAGAUCCUGACGGUUAUUGGAUUGAGAUUUUUAAAGCGAGCACUGUGUAAAAUUAAUUUAUUAUUUGGUUGAAAAUUACGUUCUAAAGUUUGUAUUUUUACAAUGCUUGUAAAGCUUUUCCAUUGAAUUU